AUGACAAAUCCUCGAGUUCAAAUAUGUCAAGGAGUGCUGGAAGGAUAUUCUUCAGUUACAGAAGAUGGAACAACAUUUUAUUCCUUUCAAGGAAUACCAUACGCCACACCGCCUGUUGGAAACUUAAGAUUUCAAAAUCCAUUACCACCAAUACCAUGGGAAGGAGUAUUUGAAGCAAAAGAAGAAGGAAAUGUGUGCAAACAGUUUCACCUGCUAACAAGGGAACUAACAGGCAGUGAAGAUUGUCUCUUUUUGAAUGUUUACACUCCAAAACUUCCUAAUAACCAACUGGAUGCUGAUGAAAAGUUGCCAGUAAUGAUGUGGAUUCAUGGAGGAGGUUUUCAAGCUGGUUCUGGAAAUACUGUGAUUUACGGUCCUGAUUGGUUUGUUGAUCAAAAUGUUGUUUUGGUUACAAUCAAUUACCGUUGUGGAGUUAUGGGGUUCCUAAAUUUGAAUUUACCUGAAGCUCCAGGAAAUGCUGGCUUGAAAGAUCAAGUGGCAGCUCUGAAAUGGAUCCAACAGAACAUCAGUCAAUUUGGAGGUGAUCCAAGCAAUGUAACAAUAUUUGGACAAUCAGCAGGUGGAGCAAGUGUAAAUUAUUUGAUGUUAUCGGAUUCAACUAAAGGAUUGUUCCAUAAAGCUAUAGCAAUGAGUGGAUCGGCUCUAAAUCCUUGGGCGUAUCAAUUGAAUCCAGAAGAGAAUGCUUUAAAACUUUGCAGAGCGUUAGGAUUCAAUCCCGAGAAUAACAAAACAGCAUUGGAAUUUCUUCGACUUGUGCCCGAAGAUAAAUUAUAUAAUACCAUUGGAAAACAUCCUAACACCACUGUCACACAAGAAGACAGUUUUGCUUUCAGAGAUAUCAUUUUUCUACCAUCAGUUGAACAGAAGUUUUCCCAACAAGAAUCACUUUUAGAUGAACCUGCAUUAGACAGAAUGGCUAAUGGAAAAUUUCAAAAUGUUCCUUUAAUGACUGGAUAUACCAGUAAAGAAGGACUAUUUGUUUUCAGAGAUGCUUCAGAUGAGCCUGUCUUGUUUGGUUUAAAGGAUAUAGAUUUUACCAGAUACGUUCCUAGGGAAUUGAGCUCUAAACCUGAUUUUAAUAACCACCUUGAAGUAGCUGCAAAAAUUAAACAAUUUUAUUACUCCAAUCGCCAAACAGAUGAGACCAAUAUCGAUGAUUUUGUCAAUAUCAAAAGUGAUCUUUGGUUCAACCGAGGUGUCGAUACCAUGGUUCGAGAAAUUUCAAAAAAUUCCAAACAACCAGUGUACUAUUAUGAGUUCAAUUUUGACGAAUUCAGUGUUACAAAACUGGUUAAUCAUGAUAUGGAAUACCCUGGAGCUACUCAUGGAGAGGAUUUGGGAUAUUUAUUCAAACAUAAAUUAGUUGAGUUGCCUCGAGAUGAGGAAUCAAUUGAGAAAACUAGGAAAUCUUUAUUAAAAUUAUAUGUCAACUUUGCUAAAACUGGCAAUCCUACCCCUGAUAAUACGUUGUCAGUAAUUUGGAAACCAGUAACGGAUAAAAAUUUAUAUUACCUUGAGAUAGACAAAGAAUUAAAACUGCUUGAAAAUCCUAAGAAAGAAGCAAUGCAUUUUUGGAGGGAGUUAAUAGACCAGUACAAAUAA